UCUAACAACAGCUUUCAGCCAGGCACGCUAGAUCGCAGGGAAAAAAAAAAAAAAAAGAGAGAAAAAAACACCCUAGCUCGGGAAGAAGAAGAUACUGGGAAGGCAGCUAGACCACCCGCGGCCAAGAUGGUUUACGUACGGCAGGAGUACUUGCCCAACCUGCGGCAAUACAAGUAUUCCGGCGUCGACCACUCGCUGCUGUCGCGCUACGUGCUGAAGCCCUUCUAUACCAAUGUCGUCAUCAAGUGCUUCCCCAUGAGCAUGGCGCCGAACCUCAUCACCCUGACGGGGUUCAUGUUCGUUGUCACCAACUUCCUGACCCUGCUCUGGUACAACCCGACUCUGGACCAGGACUGCCCGCCCUGGGUCUACUACAGCUGGGCUGCCGGCCUGUUCCUGUACCAGACCUUUGACGCCGUGGACGGGACGCAAGCUCGGCGCACCCACCAGUCCGGCCCGCUCGGCGAGCUCUUCGACCACGGCGUCGACGCCCUCAACACCGCGCUCGAGGUCAUCAUCUUCGCCGCCGCUACCAACAUGGGCCAGAGCUGGAAGACGGUCGCGACCCUCUUCGCCAGCCUGCUCACCUUCUACGUCCAGACCUGGGACGAGUACCACACCAAGACGCUCACCCUGGGCAUCAUCAACGGCCCCGUCGAGGGCAUCCUGACCGUGGUCGUCGUCUACGCCCUGACCGGCUACCUGGGCGGCGCCUCCUUCUGGAACCGGGGCAUGCUCGCGACCAUCGGCGUCCCCGAGACGGUCGGCGGCCUGACGAUCCCCCCGGCCGUCUACAGGCUCUCCUUUACCGAGUGGUACAUGGUCCAGGGCGCCGUCGUGCUCGUCUACAACACGGUCGAGUCGGCCCGCAACGUGAUCCGCGCCCGGCGCGCCCGCGGCGACCGCUCGCGGCACGCGCUCGUCGGGCUGGCCCCCUUCGGCCUCACCUGGGCCCUCAUCGCCGCCUACCUGUACCUGCAGCCGACCAUCCUGCACGGCCACCUCGUCCCCUUCGCCGUCUUCGCCGGCAUCGUCAACGCCUACUCGGUCGGCCAGAUGAUCACGGCGCACCUGGUCAAGCUGCCCUUCCCGUACUGCAACGUCCUGGUCUUCCCGCUGGCCCUGGGCGUCCUCGACUCCCUCGGCCCCGUCCUGCUGCGCCACAGCCCCGUCCCGGGCCUCGGCUGGCCCUCGGCCCUCGGCGACGGCGUCUACCAGGUCGCCUUCAUGUUCUGCAUGCUGGGCAUGGCCGUCGGCGUGUACGGCAGCUUCGUCGUCGACGUCAUCGUCACCAUCUGCGACUACCUCGACAUCUGGUGCCUGACCAUCAAGCAUCCCUGGGUAGAGGGCCGCGACGGGGACGCGUCGAAGCAGCUGAACGGCGAGGCAGUGGCCGCGGCCGAGAAAAAGAGGCAAUAAAUAAACUACGUACAAAAGGAAAAAAAGGAAUUUUCCCCUGUCCCAGAUUUGGCGAAGGGAUAUAUAUAUGCCAGCCAACCAACCAAGGCACCUGCAGCAUGGGAGGAAAGUAGAAACACGAGCUCUUGGUGUAAUUAAUGAUGCUGCUGCUCACGAGGGGCCUUGGCCGGGAACUGGCUGCAG